AUGGGUGCUGUAUUUCGGGUCUCCUCUGCUAACAUCCGGAGCGGUGUUUUUGACCAGUGGCACAUGUUUAUGAUCAAUGAUCAGGAGAGAAACACGAAAUUCUUGGAAGCCUUGAAGAACACAAUUUCACCUACCGAUCAUGUCCUAGAUAUCGGCACUGGAACCGGAAUAUUGAGUGUCUUUGCGGCUAGGUUUGCUAUGCAACAUUUUCUUUAA